GAUUUGUAGAAAGUGUGACCCAUGCUUUCUGAUGAGCUUGACUCCAAACCUGAGCUGCUUGUGCAGUUUGUACAGAACGCAUCCAUCCCAUUGGUGCAGGGUUUGGAAGACUCUGAGUCAAAGCAUUCCUGUCUGCCUCUCCUGGCACCCUCUGAGAGCGCUCUAUGCAGCCCAUUGGAGCUGACAGAUGGUGGCCUCAGCCACGGGCCUGAGAGUUCUCCCUCUCUGUCAGAGUUUGGGGGCACUUCAGAGCGAAACCCCAUGGUGGUCCAGACACACUCCCACCCACAGAGCUCCCCGAGCCCGCCGCCAAUCCUCCAUGACCUGCAGCAGUCAGAUAGCACCUCCUAUGUCCUCUUGAAUCUUGCCAAAGGUAUCACAGCCUCCUCAGAGUCCCUGAUCUUCUCUGCAGAUGGAGCUGGUGAGGAUGAUGAUGAAGGGGUCUCAUCAGGGGACUAUGGGAUAGAUGGCAGUGCUCCAUGGUACUUGCGGGUGCAGGAGCUGGCACAUGACAGCCUGAUUGCUGCCACACGGGCACAGCUGGCCAGAGAUGCCAAGGCCAGCCAGGAUGCCAGAGCUGGAGGUAUCAACAAUGGUGAUCACACACACAGUUUCACAUCAGAUGGGGAAAAGCGAGAGUUGCCAUCCCGGAAUAGCCGCGCGCUCUCCAAGCAGAUCCUCCGCUGCUCUUUCGAAGGCUGUUGCCGGACCUUCACUUGGCCGGCUCAUCUUAAGUACCAUCUCAAAACACACAGGAAUGACCGUACAUUUAGGUGUGGUGCAGAGGGCUGUGGCAAGAGUUUUUACGUGCUGCAGAGACUACAGGUUCACAUGAGGACUCACAAUGGCGAGAAGCCUUUCAUCUGCAAGGAGAAGAACUGUGGCAAGAAGUUCACCACCGCUGGAAACCUUAAGAACCACAGACGCACACACACAGGAGAGAAGCCUUUUCUGUGUGAGGCAGAUGGUUGUGGGCGAUCAUUUGCAGAGUACUCCAGUCUACGAAAACACAUGCUCGUACAUUCUGGUGAGAAGCCUCAUCAGUGUGGGAUCUGUGGGAAAACUUUCUCCCAGUCUGGCAGCAGGAAUGUCCACAUGAGGAAGAGACACGGCGAGGAGGGACUCAGCAAUGAGGGCAGAGAAACAGGAGAGGCUCUCACCCAUAGCAGUCUGCUUGAAGCCGAUGGGGAGGCUGGAGAUGGUAUGGUCACCAUGACAACAGCAGUAGAACCCAUGAAUCUUCAUCACGCCAUGCUGAGAGCCCAAGGUUCUGCAGACUCAGUGGUGGUUCUCUCUCAACCCCAUGAACUGGUGACUAUGACAGCUGAAGGGCAUGCCUAUGGAGAGGAUGUGGUGGCACUUUUGUAGUCUCUUAUCAUGAAAAUUGCAUACCUCCACUUCUCCAGGCUCUCCUAAACCUGCGCCCUACUCUCGCUACAGAUCACAAUGUCAUCCGCGAAGAUCCACAUAGACUCCUGCCUGAUCUCGUCCAUCAACC